UGGUAAGCGGAGAGCCUCCUACCCAUUCAUUUGAGCGCCGCCUUGUUCGUUUUGGCCACACUCUUCGCUCGAUUUCAUCCUCGGAAACUCUCUCAACAUGGCGGAAGUUGCUACUGAAGUGAAGCUCUUUAACAAGUGGUCGUACGAUGACAUCAGCGUCGCGGCGGACAUCUCCCUCGAGGACUACAUCGCCGUGAAGGGCAAGGCCGCCACGUUCCUGCCGCACACGGCUCAGCGCUACCAGAAGAAGCGCUUCCGCAAGGCUCAGUGCCCCAUCACGGAGCGUCUUGUGAACGCUCUGAUGCGCAAGGGCCGCAACUCUGGCAAGAAGCUCAAGGCCACGCGCAUUGUGAAGCACACGCUGGAGAUCAUCCACCUGCUUACGGACAAGAACCCCCUGCAGGUGGUCGUGGAGGCUGUCAUCAAGUCGGGCCCGCGUGAGGACUCGACCCGCGUCGGCUCGGCCGGUGUGGUGCGUCGCCAGGGCGUGGAUGUGUCGCCCUUCCGUCGUGUCAACCAGGCUCUGUACCUGAUCGCCACGGGCGCCCGUGAGGCUUCGUUCCGCAACGUCAAGACCAUCGCCGAGUGCCUGGCUGACGAGCUGAUCAACGCCUCCAAGGGCUCGUCCAACAGUUACGCUAUUAAGAAGAAGGACGAGAUCGAGCGUGUGGCCAAGGCCAACAGAUAAGCGGAGAACGUGUGGACGUCGAGUGGGGCAGGAGGAGGACGAAACAUACAGCCAAGAAACAGGAAAAGUGGCGAUUUGGUCCACUUUUGGUCGAUGGAUACCUUUUUUUGGGUGGAAAUGGAUUUCGCGGCUGUGGUUUUUCUUCGAUUUUUUCAAACUUCUGCUGCGUUUUGACGAAUCAUGGCGAACCGAUUAAGGACCGACUUCCCUUUUUAUUCUGAAUUGGAAUAAAAUGUGAUACACCGAGUUGUUGAGAGCACCAAACCAAGUCUGCGUUGCUUUUCCUUGCUUUGCUGCUUGUGAUGACGCGGCUGUAUGUGUUGAUGUAGAAUUUAGUCGAGGACGCCAUCUAGUUCGACGUCGGUCUUGCCGGCACGGAGCUGCUUGAUAAUUGCCUUGAGCCGGUUCACUUGCUCGCUCUCGGAGUUCUUGUUGGCAUUGUUUGUGAUGAGCUUGACCCGUGACGCGUAUGUGAG